AUGACACAACCCCUUCCCACCAUACAACUCACCCCACUUGAGAAUACACUGAAAACCCUCUUACUCGAUGUUGCGGAGUACAUACGUGAUAAGGCAAUUGCGGAAGGGCGGAGGGAUGCAGACCUCACGGUGCUACGAUUCACUGGAGGAUGGGUGCGGGACAAGUUGCUAGGUGUGGGCAGUAAUGAUGUCGAUGUCGGCAUCAAUAACAUGACGGGAUAUCAGUUUGGCUUGUUACUCAAGGAAUACAUGGAUAGACCAGAAAACCUGGACAAGUACAGGCAAAACCACCCCAAUGGCGAGUUUAAGCAUGCCAUUGCCAGUCUACACAAAAUUGAAGCGAACCCCGAGAAAUCUAAGCAUCUGGAGACGGUGACAACACGGAUCUUUGGCCUCGAUAUCGAUCUGGUUAAUUUGAGAAAAGAAACCUACUCAGAAGAUAGUCGGAACCCACAGAUGGAAUUUGGAACGGCCGAGGAAGACGCGAUGCGCCGCGAUGCGACGAUCAAUGCGCUUUUCUAUAAUCUGAACGAGUCCAAGGUUGAAGAUUUGACUGGCAGAGGCUUGGAUGACAUGCAGAAACAUAUCGUCCGUACCCCGAUGGAGCCAUACCAAACCUUCCAGGACGACCCGUUGCGCGUGUUGCGCCUGAUCCGGUUUGCCAGCCGACUGGGUUACAAUAUCGACCAGGAGACACAGCAGGCGAUGCGGAAUGACUAUAUUGGCGAGGCCCUCAAGCUCAAGAUUAGCAGAGAACGUGUGGGGAAGGAGAUGGAGAAAAUGCUUCAAGGUCCUGAUCCUCGCGGUGCACUGCAACUUAUCGAUAGUCUCGGGCUGUACCCAACCAUUUUUGCCAAUCACCAGGAUGACGCGCGGGCGGAUACCUCGUCAUGGCCCUUGGGGUACAAUGCACUGGAGAGGAUCUUUAAGCCUCGUGAUGACGACCCCAAGGCCAUCGUCCAACAUGUGCGCAAAUUCCUUAUACGUGACAAGCUCGAAACCUACUAUGCCUGGACGAUUGCAGCAUUUGCUCCAUGGUCAAGUGUACCGGCUCGCGUUGCGAAGGGCCCUAAGGCGAAACCUUUGCCUGCUCGGACAGCAGAAGUAGCUCGAGACAGCCUCCGAUCCGAUAAUAAGACGAUGGGAGUGAUUGGAGAUGCAGCAUAUAACUGGCAGGCCAUUACAGACGUCAAGAACUCUCUCCUUGAGGGAAGAAUGGACGGAACGGCAGCAGAGGUACGACAGCGGAUCGGACUGUACAUUCGCUCAUGGAAGAAGGACUGGAGGCUUUGUAUCCUCCUUGCCCUUCUCCAGGAGAUUAUGAAUGGAGGCGAUUUUAUCAAAGUGGUGCAAGCGUAUGACCGGUUCAUCUCCUACAUCGAAGAGCAGGACUUGCAGGAUGUAUAUGAGUUGAAGUCACUUGUCAACGGCAGCGAUAUUGUGAAGGCUUUCGGUUGCAAGCCUGGGCCCUGGAUGUCGAGAGCCACGGAUAUGGUGGUGAAAUGGCAGCUGUUGCAUCCGGAGAUUGCCGACAAGGGAAAGUCGAUGGAGGAGCUACGCACAGCGGCACGUGAGGCCCUCCACCGAGGUGAUGCUCGCAUCCCAGACUCGGUGCUCGCCAACAUCACCGUCCCUGGAGAACUGAGGGCUUUGUGGGAGAUAAUUUCUCCUCAGCAAAAGCUAAUAAAUGUGUCGGUUUCUGAAAACUUGUUCCUUGCCCGGGAAUUCCUGCGACUCCGCAGCUCCAAAGAACUAUCGGAGUCCGAUAAAGAUACAGCAAACCAUAUCUAUGCCUGGGCAAGUCGACUUGCUCUUCCAUAUGCAGUGUACGCAGACACAAUAGACGAGCAGAGCGAAAAGAAGGACGCUCUCGUUCGUGAGGAUAAGCUGAGAUCAUCACUAUCAAUAUCAGUGAUCGCAGAAUUGAACUGUUUCCUUCCAGUACCUAGAGCAGCUGAUGUGCCUGACAUCAUCCUCGCCCUGGCAAGCUUUACCUCUGAAGCAGACCCAUGGACAACAGAAGACUCUCGCACAACCUCGAUUGCAUUACUAGAGAGAUUCAGCACAGAUUCACGCUCCACCCCAGACACAUCCUUCUGGGCCGUCCUCGAAACUAUCCUGAAAGAGAGAAUCCGACCCCUCUUCACCAAGACCAGAAACCCGGCCAUCACAGCAGCAGGUCGCAAGGACUUCCACCCUGUCCCUCUGCCUCGAUUUGACACCAGCAUCCUCGAUCCCGAAUCCAAGCCAUGGCGAGCAUACGACGUCUACGCGACCACCGUUUUCUCCUGGAUCGUGAGCCAGUACCAGCCCACGGACAUCAAACGUCUUGAAUCCCACUUCCCCCUACUCGUCCCUCCAAUCCUCGCCCUCAUCGACGACGAGACCAUCCCGUACAAAACCCGCGGCUGCGCUCUCCUCACCCACCUCCUCCACCCCAUCCGAGCAACCCAAUCCACCAUUCUCCAACGAACCAACCUCUCCUCCGUCUUCUCCGACGCCAUCAAACCAUGCCUCCUAUCCCUCCCCACCAUAACCCCAGAAGACGACUCCAUCCGGAUCCUCUCAGUCGCCUACCCAGCACUCCGCCUCCUCUUCAAAACCAGCUACCUCACCCAACCCCCAUCCCAAUCCACAACAAACCUCAACCCCCCCUACCAAACACACCUCGCCAACCUCCUCCGCGAAAACCUCAUCCCCUCCUUCCACCACAUCAGUACCCUAACUCCCACAGACGACCAACAAACCACCCUCGCCUCCUUCCCACACCCGCGUCUCUCCACCCUCCUCUUAACCCAGAUCCACGACACAAUCUUCGACCUCUCCAUCCACACAACAAAAUACCUCCAGGAAAUUAUCCCCCUCAUUUACAAUACCCUCUCGAACCCAUUCGGAACCGCCCACCCACCAUUACUUCUUGCCGGCGUGGCCGUCACGAGAGCGGUGAUUCUGAACGCAUACCCGAGGAUCUGGGCCUGGAGGGGCGAGAUCGUGGCCGCGGCUUGUAAAUGCUGGCUUGGUGUGGAGGAUGAGAUUAGGGAACGGCAGAAUCGGGAUGGUAGUGAUGAGGGUGCUGUGUUAGAAAAGUUGAAAAUGGAGUUGAAGGGCGUGGUUUGUUUACUGCGCGUUGCGUUGGAGAAUCCGGAUGAGAAGUUGCGGGGGGAUGAGGACGUGAUGGAGGCGAAGGAGGCGUUUGAGAAGGAGAUUAGGGAGGUGGUUGAUGCUGAUGAGGCUUUGAGGGACUUGCUUUUGGGGGUGGUUGAUGGGGGGGAUGGGCGGUUUUUCGGGGUUUAG